CGGCUACUGACGUGUAUGCACAGCAAACGUACGGGACUGGAGAAGGCGCUGCAUCAAGUGGAGCAAGCCCUCAGGCGGACCAGCUCCGGCGCCGAAGCUACCAAGAUUGUCUCGGAGCUCAAAGUCCUCCUGGGCCCCGGGCCCCACGGGCCAAUAUCGCUGCUUAAUCAUGACCAAUCCGGGACCAGGAGUGCGGAACCUCGCCGGGAAUCCAAGCAGGGCGACAUCCUCUUGCCGGAUGCCUCCUCGGAUGCCGGCGACAGCUCGACCUCGGAUCAGGAUGCCAUGAGUGUGCCGCAAGGAUCGACGCCGUCUCAGGGCCAUGUUGCGGAGGAGAGUUUGGCGGUCGACGACGCCGAGAACCCUCUCCAACUGCUCGCGCGGGCAUCGGAUCUGCAUGUCUCACCUAAGUCAGGGGCCGACCACGUGGCGGCGGAGCACAUGUCUCACCAACGAACGCGCCAGAACAAACAAAGCGAGAAGAUAUCCGAAGUCGAGAAAUUCUUCAAGCUCAGCCAGUUCAGCCUCGACACGGGGCCGGACCUGGACCCGAUCAACCUCGGCCUGGUCACGGCCGAGGAAGCCGAAACACUGUUCAACUUCUUCCACCAGAACCUUGCCCACACCCGCUGGGGCCUUGACCCGGCCCUCUACACAGCCUCAUUCACGCGCUCCCGCUCCGCCUUCCUCUUCACCUCCAUCGCCGCCGCCGCCGCCCUCUUCAUGCCAUCCGCCUCGGCACUCUCACGGCGGCUGUCCAACCACUGCAAGACUCUCGUCAACCGCAUCAUCCUCGACCGCUAUCGCUCCGUGGAGAUUGUGCUCGCGUUCAUGGUCAACGUGCCCUGGAUGUUCCCCGGCAAGCACAGCACCGACGAUGAGACCUGCUGGUACGUCUCGAUGGCCACGACCAUGGCACUCGACCUGUCGCUGCACAAAAUCCUGGUGCCGGUCGCGUCGCUGAGGGAUGGCGCUUGCGGGCGCGCCGGCAGCUACGGGGGCAUCGCGCGCGCGGAUUGCAUUGACCCCAAGGUGGCGCUGGCCCUCGACGGGUUCGCCGACGUGGACCCGAACUCCGAGUUUGGUAUGAGACUCCUGAGGAGGCGGGAAAGGUGUUGGAUCGCUCUGUUCGUGUUGGAGCGAGGGAUGUGCCUGGCGAGGGGCCGCUGUUACACUCUACCCAUCACUCCCAUCCUUCGGGGGUGCGAUCAGUGGCACCUUUCGAAUAUCGCGGAUGCCAUGGAUGGGCAUCUGGUGUCGAUGGCGGUCUUACGAAGGGACCUGGAUGAGCUCUUCUCCUCAAUCAGGACCCUCUGCGACGAAUCAAGGGACGGCCGGGUGGACGGAGCCAUGGUUGCGCGAUCAAUUCAGAUGAUGGUAGAAAAGUUCUUUGACGAGUGGCAUGCCAAAUGGGGCAUCUCCAUCGGCAGCGGGCCCCAACACCGGCUACCCCCUUACGUCCAGAUCCUAGUCACGCACACUCGCCUCUCCAUCUACAGCACAGUCAUCAACCACCCGACGGCGCCGACCGAGGUUCGCCACUUCUUCCACGCAGCGGGGCUCUCAUCAGCCCUGAACGUCAUGCGAGCCGCGAUCCAGGGCGAAGGGCAGCUGUCGAGCAUGCCCAACAACACGGCGAUCAUGAUAUCCUUCGCGGCGUGCUUCGCGUUGCGCUUGAGCGGCCAGUUUGCGGGCAAUUCGAACCUUGCGCCCAGCGUCCGGACGCUGAUUGGUGAGACGGCCGAGGUUCUGGAGCGCAUAGGCUCGACUACGGAGCAUCGCAAUGGCAUGUCGACGCUGUAUGGCAAAUACCUCAAGUACAUUGUUAAGAAGGCUGCUGCUGCUGCGCCGGCCCCGUCUGAGAACGGGACGAGGCCGCGUGCGGGGACGCAACCGGAGAUGCUUUCUCGCCACCACCCGGCGGCCGCGUACGCGCGAGGGAACAACGCUCGCGCCAGCUUCAGUGUGGCCGACACUAUCCACCGUAGCCCGCCCGUCUCGAACUUCAUGGAGCCGCCGCUGUGGUCGGAGCCGGUCCAGUUCUCGUCCAUGUCUGACGACCAGAUCGUCGAAGCACUGAGCAGGGUCAAUAACGAGUUCGACCCGGGGCUGAGCAUGUACCCUUGGGACGACGCUGCUGCUUUGGACUGGCUAAAUUGGUCUAAUCUACCUGACUUUGGAACCUGAGUACAAAUGUUUGCACAAGUCAAGCAGUUGCACGGGCGGGCGUUGAGGCCGUCAGAUUGACCAGGUCCUGCAACUUCUCCAUGAACACAAAUGUCAAGACGGUAUGUGGCCUGGUCGGGUGUCAGUUAAACGCCGAGGCUGGGAAGGGUAA